AUGGCGCAGAACUCUGAUACGUACAUCUUCACGCGGGAUUAUUUAGACAACACUCGCAUCAACCUGCAGCACUACCUCUGGGUCGAGUCUUUUGGCUAUCUCGUCCACCCAAAGAUACCUCUCGAUAGAAAUAGUCUUAGGAUUGCUGACGUCGGAACUGGCACCGGGAUCUGGUUGACGAGUUUGGGGGCCAAGCUACCUCCCUCCGUCCAGCUCGACGGCCUGGACGUGUCCUUUCACGCCGCCCCGCCAUCAACAUGCCUCCCGGCCAACGUACGCUUUCAGCACUGGGAUAUCAAACAGCCGCCACCAAGUGAGAUCGUCGGGGUCUACGAUGUCGUUCACCUGCGCAACUUCCUCUUUGUGCUAGGCCAAGACGACCUUCCCGGGGUGACGGCCAACAUCUCUAAGCUCCUCAAGCCGGGCGGCUACGUGCAGUGGGGCGAGCCAGACAUGGCCUCAUGGCGUAUCGCAAAGACCAAGCCUGACUGCAAGACAGCUGCUUUGGAAAAGCUGUUCAGGCAGACCCAGGCACAAGACAAGCGGUUAGAGUCGCCGUGGGUCUCUCACCUGGCUGGGCACCUCGGCGAGGCCGGCUUUGAUGCUAUCGAGUCCGACGUUCGGGAUAUUCCGUUGCAUUUGGAGCUGGCCACCCAGGAGUGUAACCUGCUACUGCCGGAACAAGUCAUGCGCAAGUCUGGGAAGGCCCAGGAGGGCUCGGAGAAGAUGGCAUUACUCCGUGAGCUACUGCAGGAGGUCGCGGCUGAGACCCGCGAGGGGGCUUUCUGGGCCUUCACCCGGCACACCGUCAUUGGCAGGAAGCCCGAGUGA